AGGACAUUCAAACAGUUCCAGGGGUCGUUUAUUAAAGUUGCUCAAUACACGGCUGCAGGUUCAUAAGACAUUUUGAAGAGGGGAUUCUUCUUCUUAUCAUUCAUUUCUCGCAGUCUCCGGAGCAGAUCUCGUCGGCUCUUAUGGGACUGAAACACUCCUCUCGAUGUUUGCUCCUCAGGAGAAAAAUGACUGAUACAGAGAACACCGAGCAAGAGCCCCUGAGAGCAGCCCCGUCCCAGUCCAUCCAGCCGUUCCCCCUGCCCAAACCAGUAUCAUCGGUGCAUCACGCCCAGCGGCCCACACGCUCAUCACGCACGCCUCACUCAGUGACCUUACCCAGCUGCCCUGGCAGAGGAAAGAUGUCCAAAUUCCUCAACCCAGACGAGAUGACCUCCAAGGAUUACUACUUUGACUCUUACGCACACUUCGGCAUUCAUGAGGAGAUGUUAAAGGAUGAAGUGCGGACAUUGACAUACAGGAACUCCAUGUAUCACAACAAACACAUCUUCAAAGACAAGAUCGUGCUGGAUGUCGGCAGUGGAACUGGCAUCCUCUCUAUGUUUGCUGCCAAGGCCGGAGCCAAGCACGUGUACGGGAUCGAAUGCUCCAGCAUAUCAGAAUACUCCGAGACAAUCAUCAAGGCCAAUCAUCUGGACAGUGUUAUCACCAUCUUUAAGGGGAAAGUGGAGGAGACGGAGCUGCCAGUAGAUCAGGUGGACAUCAUCAUCUCUGAGUGGAUGGGCUACUGUCUUUUCUAUGAGUCCAUGCUCAACACCGUCAUCUACGCCAGAGAUAAGUGGCUGAAACCUGGAGGUCUGAUGUUCCCGGAUCGAGCUGCUCUUUAUGUGGUGGCGAUUGAAGACCGACAGUACAAGGACUUCAAGAUUCACUGGUGGGAGAACGUUUAUGGCUUUGAUAUGACGUGCAUCCGGAACGUUGCUAUGAAAGAACCAGUGGUGGAUAUUGUGGACCCAAAACAAGUGGUGUCCAACACCUGCCUGAUCAAGGAAGUGGAUAUCUACACAGUGAAGCCAGAGGAACUGUCCUUCACCUCCUCAUUCUGCUUACAGGUCCAGAGGAAUGACUAUGUACACGCUUUAGUCACCUACUUCAACAUUGAGUUCACCAAGUGUCAUAAAAAGACCGGCUUCUCCACAGCUCCAGAUGCUCCAUUCACACACUGGAAGCAGACCGUGUUUUAUCUGGAGGAGUAUCUGACUGUGAAGAGAGGAGAGGAGAUCGUGGGCAGCGUCUCCAUGAAGCCCAAUGAGAAGAACACACGUGAUCUGGAUUUUACCUUUGAGCUGGAUUUUAAAGGUCAGCUGUGCGAGACGGCCAUCGCUCACGACUAUAAGAUGCGUUAAACGUCCAGCAGAGAGAGCGAGAGGCGCCGCUCCGUGAAGCAGGAGUCACUCCGGAUCAACGCUUCGGCACUGCUGGAAUGAGACGCACACAAAGAGAAAGACCAGGACAGAUGUUAGAAGACGGGACGACUCUUCCAGCAAUAGCAGCCUUGCCUUCACUAACUAACACCUGCACAAUUUCACCAUCUCUCCCACGACGGUUCAGGGACUGAAUAGAAUUAUAUACGCCUCCGCAAAUUAAAGAACGUCAUUGUCUUGGAAAUGUUACUUUAUAGUAUAGCUUUGCAUCGAGUGUAGGAGCGAGACGUUUGGAUUUAUGAAUCAAAACAAUAACUCUGAAUAUAUUUGAUCUGAAGCUCCACUUUAACAAGUAAAAUAAGGAGAAACUUUUCUCAGGAAAUGGCACCAUUUGA